AUGGAUGAGAGUGUUAUUGUUCCAUUAGUGGAAACUUCAGAGACACCAAAAUUGGAAGAUACUACUUUGUAUAAAAUUACUCCAAGCACAUUCCAACAAUCCCCAACAUUAUUAGAAAUUCCAGAAAAUAUUGCUACUUCAUGUGAAGAAACAGUUAUUCAAUUGACUCAACAGUUAUCAUUAAAUACUGUUUCUACUUCACUUG